AUGGCUUCAAAAUUCCUCCGGGAAUACAAGCUGGUCGUUGUGGGAGGCGGUGGUGUGGGGAAGAGUUGUUUGACCAUUCAGUUGAUCCAGAGCCACUUUGUGGACGAAUACGACCCUACAAUUGAAGACUCCUACCGCAAGCAAUGCGUGAUCGACGAGGAAGUCGCGCUGCUCGACGUGCUCGACACCGCCGGCCAGGAGGAGUACUCAGCAAUGCGCGAGCAAUACAUGCGGACGGGUGAAGGCUUCCUGCUGGUCUACAGCAUAACGUCGCGGCAGUCGUUUGAGGAGAUCAUCACAUUCCAGCAACAAAUAUUAAGAGUCAAGGACAAGGACUACUUCCCCAUCAUCGUGGUGGGCAACAAGUGCGAUCUGGACAUGGAGAGGCAGGUGAGCAUUGAGGAGGGCCGCCAACUAGCCGCCUCCUUCGGCUGCGAUUUCAUUGAGACCUCGGCCAAGAACCGUAUCAACGUCGACAACGCCUUCUUCGACAUUGUUCGCGAGAUCCGGAAAUACAACAAGAACAUGCACGGCUACAACGGCGCGCAGUCCGGCAGGCAAGGCGGCCCGGACCAGAAGCUGGACAUGGAGGACAGGGACGAAGAUGCUGGGUGCUGCAGCAAGUGCGUGGUGAUGUAA